ACAAGGAUAGCUCAUAGCUUGUGUUCUUUAAGCCUGUAAUGGCCCAUUACUACUCACAUUUGCAAAGAGUCUAAAACCCUAGAAACCCCCCUAAAUUGCCUUUUCCUUUAGCUGCUUCCCCAACCCUCCAUUAGAGAAGUUUGCAUCUCUUUUGAUUGGAUAAGAUGUAUCUCCAGUUCUACAUAAACGAGAAUGGAGACAAAGUUUACACCACUAAGAAAGAAUCACCAUUGGGGUUGCCUACUCAGUCUGCUCAUCCGGCUCGUUUCUCCCCCGAUGACAAAUUCUCAAGACAGAGAGUUCUUUUGAAGAAGCGUUUUGGGUUGUUGCCGACCCAGCAGCCGGCUCCGAAAUAUUGAAACCGUCGAAAAUGUCAUGCAUGUUGUACUAUCACGCUUUAAUGAUUAUUAUUGGAGUGUCUUUGGAUGUAUAAUGAAGUUUCUAGCUCAUAGUAGAGUCUCUUUAGGAGGAUGAGGAUGAGUUAAAACUACAAACACUUUAAUGUCUGGUUGCAAGAACAUCUUAAGUAAUGCGAGUAGUUUGAUUUCUGAGAUU